AUGAGAGUAUUUCACCGGGACUCCUACAGACCGCUGGGGAAGCUGCAGACUGAAAUUGACCCGGGCAAUACGCCGUGGCUGUGCCGGGCCCUCACACGCACACGUACGCAGGCAGAGACCCAGCUUCCCGGCAGCGUUCGGCAGCCGCCCAGGAGGCAGGAGAAGGCAGGCAAUCGCCAGCAUGAGCUGGCACUCCGGUUUUUGGGUUGUGCGUUCCUAAACACCGAGGCAGCUGUUCUGUACAUCAUUUCGGAGGAAGAACGUUUUCUGUCUGAAUUGCCGUGGAACUUCCGCUGUGACUGUGGAAAUAGCAAGUUCAAAAAUCUGCAGUGCAAGUUGCUCCCAGAAAAGGGCAAGGUGAAUUCAGGAAAUAAGUAUAAUGACAAUUUCUAUGGAUUAUACUGUACUUGUAAAAGACCUUAUCCUGAUCCUGAAGAUGAGAUUCCAGAUGAGAUGAUCCAAUGCAUAGUUUGUGAAGACUGGUUCCAUGGAAGGCAUCUUGGUGCAGUUCCUCCUGAAAGUGGAGAUUUCCAUGAGAUGGUAUGCCAAGCCUGCAUGAAUCACUGUCAUUUCCUAUGGGCCUAUGCUUCGCAGUUAGCAGUUCCUGCUUUGACCAAAGUGAACUCCCUUGAAGAUGAAGGGAUUGUCCUGAAGGUUGAGGAAAGUGAAGAGCAGAAAAAAGAAAUAAAAAAAGAAGAUGGAGUAGAACACCAAGAAACGAAGGAGGAAAAGCAAAUGGAACAGUUUAAUGAACCAUCCACUAGCUCUGGGUCUGCCUGUCCAGAGGUGGUUGCUAAGAGCGAGGAGCCAGUCUGCAAGCUGAAGGAACUCCAAAGCAAGCAGUAUUUAAAAAAAGAUACUGCCACCUUUUGGCCAUUGAACUGGAGAAGCAAAUUGUGCACCUGUGAAGACUGUUUGAAAAUGUAUUCAGAGCUUGAAGUCCAGUUCCUGACAGAUGAAUGUGACACUGUCUUGGCUUACGAAAAUAAAGGUACCAGUGACCAAGAAACAGAGAGGAGAGAUCCUUUAAUGGACACCCUUAACAGCAUGAACAGAGUCCAGCAGGUCGAACUCAUCUGUGAAUACAACGAUUUAAAGACAGAACUGACUGACUAUCUCAGGAGAUUUGCAGACGAGGGAACGGUGGUUAAAAGAGAAGACAUUCAGCACUUCUUUGAAGAAUUUCAGUCCCGGAAAAGACGACGGACUAACAGGAUGCAGUACUACUGUAGUUAGACUGAGAGGGUUUGGGUCGGAAAGGACAGCUGGGAAAACGAUACUCACUGACAAACAGAAGAGGCAUCUUCAGUAUUUGGCUUCUCAUCAAAAUCCAACUGUCCAAGAAGCAGCUUCAUUUUGUCUCACACUUCCUUUAUUUGUAGCGACUGAAAGCGUUCUUAACAGGUACAUUGCAUUUAUAGGGGUU